CGCGCAGUGUUUGUGUCCGUGACUCUUGUCUUGAUGAUGAUGGAUCAUGUGAUGAAUUACGCUUCAAAAAGUCCAGAAAAAUCUAGUCCAAGUUUUCCAGAAGAUGUUGAAGAUGAUGAUGAAGAUCCAAUGGAUUUAGAACCAUUGAAAUAUUCUUCUCUUCGUCAACAUAUAAACAAUACCAACAUAAAUAUGACUAAUAACAAUACUACUCAUAAUACUACUCAUAAUAACAAUGAAACUAAUAACAAUCAUUGUAAUGGUGGCGUCAUUGAUGAUGAUGAUGAUGACAAUGUGGAUGAACAACUCGAUGUUACAAUGUUACCAUUGGAAGAUGAAGAUGAUGAGAUUAAUGGGACUGGUGGUGUAGGUGGUGGUGGUGGGGGAGGGACAACAACAACAACACAUGGUUUCAUGUUAGGCAUAGAUAGCAGUCCACGUCAUCCAAUAGAUUCGACAGAGAAAAAAGUUCAUUGGUCUAAUCAAAAUGUUCAAACUUUAUUAGAUUGUGUUGAAAAACAUUUAGAUGAAUUUAAUAUACAAAAAAAACAUAAACAAGUAUGGCAAAUUAUUGGUACAGAAAUGGAAUCAUUAGGUUUUACUAUGGAACAUUGUUAUAAUAAAUGGAAAAAUCUAAGACGUGAUGUACGUUUGUUAGUGAAUAAUCCACAAAAAGCUGUACGUAAUGCUGAUAUACUUCGACGUGUAGCUCGAUUAAUUUUAGUCAUUUAUCCAAAUAUUGAUGCUACUACUAUGCAAGUCACUGGUGAUCGAAUAAAUAGUACUAGUAAAUCGACACCGAAUACACCUGGUGGUCCAGGUAGUUUAUCGUCAUCAGCGGCGGCGGCAGCGACUCGACUUACAUUAUCCGCAUCAUUACAUGCACCAGACUCACCAUUGUAUUUUGGUCUGUCACGAACACCACGUACACCGCAUAGUUUAACACCGAAUUUUCAUUCAUUCAAUGGUAUUAAACCGAAAACGGAACAAUCGAAUUAUGAUAACGCAAUGAUGAUCAAUACAACGCCUAAUGCUAAUAUCCUUCCUACUACUAGUACUACUGGUGCUUCAACUACUACUACUACUGUACCGGGUACUGCAUUGUUCACUAAUAGUAAUAGUAAUAAUCAUAAUUCACGUAAUUCAGACAAUGAUAAGAAAUUACGCACAUCGUCUACGCCCAAUUCAAUCAAUAAUAAUACUAAUAAUACACAUUCUGCAUUUCCAUUCAUGUUUAAUCCUGCUGCAACAGCUGCACUUUUAGUUCAAUCACAAUUGUUCAAUGAUUUAUUACGUCAUCAACCGCACCAAACACCACCACCGCCCCCAUCAUCAUCAUCCUUAUUACAUGAUAUGGAUUCAAUUCAGUUGGAUAGUAUACAACAACGUGAACAAUUUAUGGCAUUGACAACUUCGAUAAAAAAUGCUUUACAUGGUGGUAGUGGUGGUACUAUUACGAAUGGGAAUAGUAAUGGGGUGACAUUGACACAACAUACUACUACUAACAAUAAUAAUAGUAGUAGUGGUAUGAAUGUCAGCAAGAGUGGCAUUACAAAUGGUGAUUUUAACGCAGAUAGUAAUAAUAAUAAUAGUGUUAACAAUCCCUUACAUAUUGCCAAUCUAGCUACCAAUUUAUUGAAUGGUUUAACCAGUAUGGAUACAUCACAAUAUUUAAAUUUGUUAGCAUCAGAAGCCGGUUUAUUAAAUGGUAGUGGUAGUAGUAGUAUAACUAGUCAUGUGAAUAAUUAUCAUCAUCCUACUGCUAGUCAUUUACAACAACAACAGCAACCGCAACAACCACAACCGUUGUACACGUCUAUCACUGAUCGUUUACCACCUGGCAGUGAAUUGGCCAGUGUUGUACAACGUUUACUCAAUGAAGAAACAAUACAUUUACGUUUAACCGAUAUGGUUACACAUUUAGCGGAUGAAUUACGCGCUGCUGGUCUACGUAGACGUGCUACAUUGGAUCAAUUAUUAGAGAUUAUGCAAGGUGGUGGUGGUGGUGGAGGAGGCGGUGUCGGCGCCGGUACCACUCCGAUCGGCGGAACAACCACAACAUCCACAAUUCUAAGUCAUACACAUAAUAAUCCAGAUACACCAACACAUCGUGUUUAGUGUUUUCGUACCUCUCCUCCUUCUCUUUUCUGUUUUUGUACUACUACUGUUGAAACUGCAAAGAAAAAUACCUAUCGUUUGAGAUUUGAUUAUUUUUGUGUGUGUCUGUGUGGAGUGGAGUGGAGUGGAUUAAUAAUAGUUCAUACCUGUGGAUAUCUAUAUACAUAUAUACAUAUAUAUACUGUACACAUGUAAAAAUGCGAAAUCA